AGAGACAGAGGGAGGGAUAGAGGGUUGGAAGAGGAGAUCAAAUAAGAAGAGAAAGACAGCAGAAGUUUCAGAAAGAUGAGAGCAUGGAAGUGAGUGUGUUGGCAUGGUAAAGACUUACACACGUAAAGACGCAUAGAGAAGGCACAAUAUUAUUAGACCUAAUUGGCACAGAUUUGAAGGGAAAAAGCCCAAGCACUAUUUAUUUGAAACACUGGGGUGCUAAGAAGGUCCUAGGUGGAGGAAUAAAGGAGACAAGAGUUUGUGCGGAAGAUUGGUGAGAGGCAGCGGGAGUCAUCUGACAGUUGAGUGCAGUCACUUGUUGGUACACCUCUUGCUUUCCCAUGAGUGUCCUUAGCAGUGUGUGCAUGUGUGUGUGCAUUCUACGCUGGCUUUUGCUGGGUGUGUGUGUGAUGUGUCUGUGUGUAGUGUGUCAGAGGGACAGUUUGGUGGCUGGGCCACCCAACCGAAGGUGUGAGGGGGGCUGCAGUGCAACAGCAUCUCCCCCAAAAACACACCUCACACACAGGAAGGACACAGUGCCCAGAAAAACACAGGAGCCUCUCCAAAGAAACACACAGUCAUCUUCCAUGUCGGAACGUCUGAUGCAGCUACAGCGGUGUAUGAAACAACAUGAACCAGCCUCAGGAAAUCGAAGAGAUGGAUCCGAUUCCCUGGCAGCCAUUUUGGCUCUAAUGACGGCUGUGCUUACCGAGUGUGACCUGCACUGCCACAGUCAGAGACUUAGAGACAUGGCUGGCAGGCUAGAGAGUGCGGCAGUGGGGAAAAAUGGAGAAAAAGACUUGCUGCUAUUGAUGAAGAGCAUCACACAAUCUGGCUCACCACCAACACAAAGUGCUUUAACAGUGUCUCCCUCUGCAGGACUUUAUCCACAGAAUUGCUACGAGAUCUUUCAGUUUGGAAUAAAAGAGAAUGGAAUUUAUACCAUCCAACCAGACCCUCAAAAACCAGCACUGGAGGCUGCGUGUGAUAUGGAGUCUGCAGGAGGUGGGUGGACAGUGUUUCAGCGUCGAUUCGAUGGACAAGUGGACUUUAACCGGACCUGGCGGGAGUAUCGGGAUGGCUUUGGUUCUUCACAAAAGGAGCACUGGUUAGGGAAUGCAGUUCUACAUGCUCUUACAGCCAGAGGGCAACACACACUCCGCAUCACUCUCCAGGACUGGCAUCACCAGACCCGACAUGCCAUCUACAACAACUUUAAAGUGGCAGCAGAAAACCAGAGGUUUCGUCUGACUGCACAAAAUUACCAAGGAGAUGCCGGUAAUGCCCUCAGCUACAGUAAGCACUACAACCAUGAUGGCAGAGCUUUCAGCACAUAUGAUCACGAUCAUGAUCGCUAUGCAGCUGGUAACUGUGCUCAGUACUACGGUGCAGGCUGGUGGUUUGAUUCCUGUUUGGCUGCCAAUCUGAAUGGACGUUACUACCGUGGCCGCUACACUGGCAUCACAGAUGGCAUCUACUGGGGCACCUGGUACAUUCUCACUGACUCUCGAAGUGGGGAGAGAUACUCGUUUAAAAGUGUGGAGAUGAAAACACGACCCAGACAGCCUUAAAAUAAUCUUCUACAUAUACCCAUACAACAUACACAAAUUAUGCAAUGCUACUUUCAGUAUUUAUACUACACUAAAACUAUAGUGAAUGGUACCAUUUACAAUAUCAUAUUUAAAAUAGGGUCAGUGAUUUUUAAGUCAGUACACUUUAUGUUUAGCAAAGUUAUCCUCAUAUUCUGGCAGCUCAGGUCUCUGUGGCCUCCCAGGGUCUGUAAAUUGGAGAAGAAAAAAAUGGAUGUGGAUAACCAAAAUCCAACCAAUCAAGUCAAGGAGACUUCUAUAUUUGCCUGUAAAUUACAUUACUUGUUAAUUCAGCAAGCUUCAGGUAUUCUAGCCUAAGUAGCACGUGUGUGUUCUGGGUACGCAGCUUUGGCGAGAACACGGAAGGGAGAGACUAUUCCUGCUUGUAUUUUAAGUUUCAAAACAGCUAGCUUAAGGUACCUUCUGCUAAAAAUCACUGAAUGUAUAUGGCAAGACUUUUUAUAGCCAAUUGUAUGCGAAUAUGUUUGUGAAAAUAAAC